UCAUAUGCCGUGUCAAUCUACAGAAUACUGGUUACAGAGUGGUUCUGCACCUUCCAGUCCAAGGAAUAUUCUCAUAUGUAGUUCACUUACACCAUCAGAAUAAGAAGCGAGUGCAAAGCACAGCGGACAUUAGCAUCCAGAAAGAACAGAAGAAUUUCCAGGAUGAGUCAGACUGAGGAAAACAGUAGCCACUUGACAUGGAACAUUGAGAGGUCAGUAGUCUGCGUAAUACUGAGCUUGUCAUUUAUUAUUGGGACCCCUGGAAACUGCAUUGUCAUCUGGACUGUUUGUACGAAAAUGAAGCAAGUAUCUCCUUCAGUCCUGCUGAUCUUGAACUUGGCCAUUGCAGAUAUCCUUGUACUGAUUACUUUGCCAAUCUGGAUUUACUCCUUUGCUGACUCCUGGGUUUUUGGAGUCAUCUUCUGCAAAAUACUGGUUUUCAUUAUUUACUGUAGCAUGUAUGCUAGUAUAUUUCUAAUUACGGCACUGAGCUUGGAGAGAUUAAUGGCUGUGUUUUACCCAUUCACAAUUCAAAGAUAUAAAACAAAAGAAAAGAUUUUUGUAAUCAUGUUCCUCAUUUGGUUCCUGUCUAUUACUUUUGGCAUUUCUGUCAUUCCAUUUCAAGAGACAGAAGAAAUGAGUGGUGGACUACAGUGCACGUGUCGUAACUACUCUUCUAAUAGACAGAAGGUAUCAUAUCUUUUGCUAGAGACUCUUGCGGGUUUUGUAAUUCCUUUUUUUAUAAUUUGCACUUGUUACGUGUGUGUUGGAAAAAGAAUAAGCAAAAUGACUUACCAAUCAAAGCGGCGAUCAGAACGGCUAAUUGCCAGUGUGAUUGUAGCAUUCAUUUUAUGCUGGCUCCCACAUCAUCUCUUUAACAUCCUAGAGAUUAUUUCAGUACACAUAGAACUCUCUAACAAAGAAAUGUCUUUGGCACUGGAUGAAGUUUUAAACAUAGGAGUGUACAUCUCUGGAGCACUUGUAUUCAUCAGUAGCUGUAUUAACCCUCUACUUUACGCCUUUGCUGCACGAAGAUUUCAGAGUCACCUGAGAUUUGCCAAGAUAUCGAAGCUGUUUGAACAGAUGAGUCAGACUGUAACAGAGGAAGACAAGAAAAAGAACUCUGUUGUAACCAAACAAGAAGAUACUGCAGUAAGCACAGAGAAUCUUUAACAAAGACCGUAUACCAAGUAAAUAAUGGGAUUUUGGGGCAUUCCUUCAGCAGUCCUUUCACCUCACAUUCUCAGUUUUGUUUCCAAAAAAGAAAAAAGGAAUAGCCUGUCUACUCCAGAUGAAGCUAGACAGGUAAAAGUCAUUAGGAUUCAUUUUCUGUGUUAUGAAAAGAUUGACAGCAACAACCUAAUUCAGUUCCAUAUCACAGUAUUGUCACUGCUUCAGUUCUGUUGAGAACUUCAACAAGGUAGCUAGAAGCUGAAAACGUAAGGACUGCAACAUUUUUACUUUCCAUUACAACUGCGAUUUCUAGAAAAGGAUUAUGUAUGGAAAACAGAGACUUUGUUGGGAAAAAUACUUAGAACCUUAAGUUUUCCUCCAAGAAAACUUUUAAUGCUAAAAAAAAAAUCCUUAUAUAUAAUCUGAAGUUUUAAGUAAGCGUAUCUAAACUCCUGAUAUGGAUAGGAAUGUUUUUAAGUAUAUUAAUUACACAUAAAACUCUUUCAGGUAGAUGAAAACAUAAAGCUAUUUUUAUUCAGGACUCUAGGCAAGUUUAAAAGUAGUGAGAGUUGUUUACACAGUCAAAUUCAUUUACAAACGUUUCUUAUAUUAAGGGCUUUAACAAAUAAAAUGCAAGUGUGACAUGAUUCUUCAGGAAAAAUGGGGAGGUACAAGAAUUCUAUGUAUUAUGUAGCUACAGACUUUGUGAUAUAUUCUAUCUCAAAUACAUUGCAUAUUUAAAUUGCAGUUAAACUAUUGAUACAUCAAAUACACAUACUAUGAUUAUUCUCAAAAAGUUUGAUUUAAGUUAAGCUCCCAAGAUGCCUAUUAAAUUGUGGAGGAAUUGGAUCAGGCCCUGGAGGUGGGGGGAAGAGAGAUCCUCAGCAUUAUUUUUUACUUGCAAGGAAAAUAUGCCAGCAGUACAAAAUGCCUAACAUCAUGAGAAAUUCAACUUGCAAGGGAAGAAGAAAAAGCAUUCCUUUUUUCUUUAUAUAUAAAAAAGGAUGGACUUCGUCUUUAAGAAACCAGUAAGAUUAGGGCUUGCAAGAAACUUGUUUUACUUUUGUGAACAUGUACAAGCUGUGAAAAACUGCAUAGCAUGCAUAAAUCUUUUCUUUUGAAGUUUUUUUUUAUUUCAGUUGUGCCUAACAUAUUUUAAACUUUCUUUUGCUUACUUUUAAGCCAAUGAUUUGUAAUGAUAAAAUUAAGAUAACUACUGAUUACUAAGAAACAUAUUUAAUAUCCUGUACCUUGUGUUCUGGACAGCUGCAAAGUAGCUGCAUAACUCAUCUUUACAAAGAAACUACAAAAGACUAACUAGAUCUUCCUUGUCAGAAGCUGUUUGCAACCAAAGAUAUUUGAGCGAUAUUAAUUUAAUCUGCAAACCAAAAUAAACACAGGGAAGAUAAAUUCUUACCUGUUAAUGUAAGAAUAUUUUUCUGAACUUAGCAUAUGAAUUUGUUAUUCCUGUUUGUUUUGAAAAAAAGGGCAUUUUUUCUUCUCAAUAACAGAAAAGGCCACACCAUGAAGGGAUUUCCAUUGAUAGGUCUCUUUCACCAAGAUAAAAGAAAAACUUGAGGCAGCAGUUUAGCAAGAACUUCUAUUUGCAGCAAAGAGUAAGAAGCAGAUGAAACCCAUUAGGCUUUGCCCCACCCACCUACCACUCUUUUUUCACCUUGCUGAUGACUCCUUAGUUGUUAUUAGUAUAUUGAAUAUUUUUAUAGUCAUUUCAUAGCAUGUAGCAAUGCUUACAGUAAAGGCAGCAACUUUAGUUAUCUACUGCGUAAAAAGUGGAAGUUGUAUUUCUCUAUAUAUUCUUGAGAUAGGAAUCACUCACUAUUCAAUAACAACACAGAACAGAUGAAGAUUUAAUAAGCACAUGAGCAACGCAACUGAACUAGAGUUCUAGGCCACAAGGAACCAAGUAAUUCACAACUACCGGUUUGGGAAAAGACUCAAACAAGGUUUAGUACAAGCUACCUGACCAGAGGUUUCCCUUCUGUCAGUCUGCAUCCUAUACCUAGCUGCCAUCAGUCUUAUUAGGAAUUGGGCUAAACCCUUAACCAUCUGUGUGUGUUCAUCUCAUGAACGAGGCAAGCUCUUCUGGUGCCCUUUGCUACUCAACAAGCCCUUUGAGAGCACUGACUGCAUGUAAAGUGCCUCGGGUAUGACCCAGGAUAGACUAUAAAGAGUUCGGUGACCAGAUAUAGAGAGUCAGUAAAAUACUGCCUACCACAGUGGGUUUGCUACUGCUUUACAUUAAUAGGCAGGGAGUAGUGAGUCAGACAUGUUGUUUUACUCAUCAUUCAUUUACAGAUGAGUGAACUUUGCUGCUCAGGCUGCUUCUUACACAGCAUCUGGGAAUAAUAAAAAGGAACCAGUGAAGUUCCCACAUUCCAGGGAAUAAUGAGAUGAUUAGUUAGGGCAGUCCUGGAUUGAAGCCUGCUAUUCACAGGAUUCAGAAUCAUUUACUAGCAGGAGCUGCUAUUGCACUGAAAUUACAGCAUUUAGUACAGAGGCAUAGACUGAACUGGUUAAACAAUUAGAAUAUUUGUCACACGAUCAACAGACAGAAAAGCAGCAUAUCUGAUAUGUUCUACAUCUGUGCUUUGACUGCAGGUAGCAUGCAUUUUCUGCCUCAGUAUUUAGGCCUCACAUUUUCUUCCACUGCUUUUUACUCACAGCUGGAUACUGAAGUACUUGUAACACAUGUGGUCCAUCAGGGGCACUACAACUGUCCUAACUCUUACAUUCAUAUUAAUGGCCUUACAAGGCAGCUUCAGAAAUUUGUUAUCUUUAAGAACUAUGUUCACUGAGGCUGUUUGAGUGGUGAAAGACACUAAAACGGCAGCCUUAACAACUAACAUUGCCUUUCUACAGAGCAAAUGGAGUGAUUCUUACAAACAUUGAUAUGGACAGAUAAAGAGCCACUGUUUUAAGAUUUUUGUGAACACAGGUGGUUUUAGCUGUGAUGUAAUUGGGUCCAUAAGAGUCAAUGCAGAAGUAUAAGCUUAUGGCACUGCUGACUGCUUCUUUCUUUAACAGAAAUGCAUCAGUUAGCAUAGCAAGAUUAACUGCUUCAUCUACGCUAAUGUGCCCUAUCAUAGAACUGCAGGGAUUUCAAUAGGUCCAUUCAGCCAAUGGACAGUGAAUAUUUAUAACAUCUCCUAAAAUACCUAAUCCCUAACCUAACAAAACAACCUAACACCUAGCACAGUUUUGGUCCAGAACACUGCAUCUUAUGAUACUUGAUGGUUCUUGGUGACUACAAUACAUAUCCAUCCUAUAGACUAUAUAAGAAAGAUGAUAGAAAGCAGACACUUCUGGAUUGUUUAAGCCAGUUUCAAAGCAGUGAGUUGGAGGUGAGAGUAAUCUUAUUAAUAAGAAACUCUUGAGAUACUUCUGAUUCCAUCUCAGAAAAAUGAGAUUUCAUCUCAUUUGAGUUCCUCUUAUUUUCCCUCCUAAUUCUUUGGUCCUUGUUUACCACUGUAUGAAAUUGCCUCUGUGGUUUGAGCGUCCAGCUAUUUCUCAUGACACAGCAAGGAGGAAGGCUGACCUAGCAGGGCCAUGUCAGUCACCUGAGUCAAAUCACCUCAGAUUACACUGAAGUACAGGGAACAUUAUGUGGCAUCAGUGCAACACUGCUUAGAACACUGUGUCCUGAGAGAUGACCAAGAUGCCAGAUAUUUUGAAUUUCUCUUUUUUCAUAAAAGUAAUCUUCUAACACUGAAGUCUUACUAGCCUGAAACUUGCUGUAAAUGUUUUAUGAGUAUAUGUUAAGAAUUUAUCACAUAUAUUGUAGUAGUGUCAUGCUGCAUAAAGGGAAUUUAUGCUUUUUAAAUGUGCUAUAUUAAAAGAAUUCAAAGAGAACCUAAACUAUUUUCAGUUUAAGUAUAGCCAAUACACAAGCAUAAAAAGAAAUAACAGAAUUUGUCUCACAGGUCUUAUGACUUUUGCUGCCUAUUGACUUCAAAGGUUUUCUGUAAGCAUCAUGGUAAGAGUUAUUACAGAUGUCUGGAUUAAAACAGCAGAACAUUGUGGAUACUUAGAGGCAAGUCAGUUUAAGAAAUAACACAGGAGAAAUCAAAGAUCCUUUUUGUAAAGUACAAGUAAGUGGUAAUAGGAAGGCAAAAACAGGGCAACUGGAUUAUAGUAAAGAAAAUAUAUUUUUCUUUAAUGAAAUCAGCAGAAUUCUGUCCAGGAAGAAGCAUGACAGGUGUUAAGAGCAGUUUUGAAAGACUGUUGAAAGUGCAGUUGUGGAAUUCCAUUAGGAUUAGUAAUUGCUUAGCAGGACUAAAAGAAAGAAUUGUAGGUAUAAUUUGAUCAAAAAGAAUAAAAGAUCCUGGAACCUACCAGGUGGCAUGGGGAAUACUUAAACAUGCAAAUUCUCAAUCAGCUUGCUUAGAAAUUAACAUGAAAAUCAGGUGAUAGUUUGCAAAACUGCAGACAACUAAUAGCUUUAUAUAUUUCUGAGCAAGGGCUGCUUCAGUCAGCAUACUAGUUCUGCACUUAACACUGCACUGGGUCAUUAUGUAUGCUUCUACACUUAAGAUGGCUCAGAAGGUCAGUAGUUCUGUGGCAUACACUCAAUAUACUUUAAGAGGCUGCUACAAAUGCUUUCGUCUGUAGACAACUUCUUCACUAUGCCCUACCUCCAUCAUUCCCUCAGAUAACUAGGCAAGCCCAUAACUGCACCACUGGAGUAAGCAAGCAGUGCUUCCUAUGUUUGUAUCUCCCCCCUUCCACAUUCUGACAUGGGUCUGACCUAUUCUGGUCCAUAAUAAGUACUUUAGAAGGUGCAUAAUCGGAGAACAUUACCAAUGAUUAAUUUUUUUCUCUGGUUUAUGUGCUACAACUGUUGUAUUACUCCCUCUCCCUCAUGUACAUGGAGAAGAAAAAGGAAGAGUUAGGGGACAUUUAUUUUUGAUUAGAGAAAAAGCAAGAGAAAAAAAGUCCACUCUAAAGAAAAAUACGGUCUCAAAAUGAAAGUAGGAAGUUGAACUGUGGAAGCAGAGUUCACAAAGAGCAGACAGGGAAGUAGAUUAUAUAUUCUGUUCCAAGACAAGCAGCUUCUUAUUUUUAUAAAUGCAUUUAUGUCAGAUCAGUUAAUCACUGAAACUGCUCUUUAUCUGAAAACUCCUCAGUUUGAUCUCUACUAUUCAUUAUUAGGUUAAAGAAUCCCAAUAAAAUACAAUGAGAGCCAACAUUACCCCCUAAGGGCCUGAGCAGCUUAUGCUGCUCUGUUAGCGGGAAGAGCAGGACAUGAUCAGGACUAUGACGGGAUGGUCCCUAAGCUGUCAGAAACUUCACACUGUUUGCUGUACUAAGAAUUUAGUAAAAACAGCUACCUGAGCUGCAUCUUGAUUGCAAAAGUAAUUGAUUGCACUUGAAUUUGGGCUGUGAUUGGAUAGCUAUUAAUACUACAUACAACAUAAGUAUGUAUCAGUAUUUCCAUUAGAGACUGACUAGAGAACUGUUCUAACUGCAUUGCAACAUCUAGAAAUCAGUCUGCUCUAGAUACAAGUGUCUGAAGUACGUGCACAAAUGGUCUUAGAUCCGAGGAUUAGUACUUUGGACUAUUCUUAGCAGACCUUAAAGUGAGAAUUCUAUGGUUUUGUUGUUUUUCUUGAGUUUUUUUUGAAUAGCAGACCUGUUCAUGAUUGAGCACAUUAAAGAAAAAUGAAGGGCUAAGUGUUUCAUGUAACAGAAUUACAGUUUUAAAACACUAUUUCUAACGACCUGGCAGGGUCACCAUAGAAGUGACAAAUUGGGAAAAUAGCUUUCUGAAGAACACUUAGUCAUUGACACCUGAUAUUAUGGUAAGGUGCAGCAGUACAGAUAGUCUGUAGACAUACUGCAGAUCCCACAUCCUAACUAUACUACAUAAACUUAAGCCAUUAUUGUACUAUUAACAUUCAUUGUACAAUUCCCUAUUGGAUUUAGCUGAGUGGCAUUAGAAACAACCUUAGCUGUUUUAAGAACAUUGUAAUUAAACAAUUACAUUUGCUUGCAUACAAUUUUAAAAUCUAGCCAUGAAUCUUCAACUAUGCUAUAGAAGGGGAAAGAAUUAUGUAGUUAAAACUGAAAAGAAUCCAUUUAGUACAGUAAUCCUUUUACAUGCCUUGUCUUCUCCUGCCCCCAUGUGGCUCUUUCAUUUCAAAAGUUAGGUCUAAUUUUAAUACUAUUGAAAUCACUAAAAAGAGGGUGAAGUACUUUGACUAUAGAUUCAGUUAUGAUCCACAUUUUAAGGCUUAGUUCAUCAAGAUAGAAAGCUUCACAAAAAGACUAAAGGGUAUUAAGCAUCCAGGUACCAUUCAGUUUAGAGUGAUCUUGGUUAUUUUCUUAAUAACUCAAGCCUACUUUAUUUCAAACAUUACACAAGUUAAGCUGGCUGAGAAUUUUUAAACUUUCCUCAAAAAAAGCCAGUUUUUCAGAAAUCUAUGUCAAAGCAAAUAGUUUUCAACACAACCAGGAGAUACUGAUUCUUGAACCUGGGUAGCUCACAUCUCAUCCCAGAGGAUGGUAUUGACUUCUACACUCUUGGUUAUUCUGAGGUGCUCUCAAAUUAUUAAAAAGUCUUGAUUUCAUUAUGAUGAUAGGCUAUAUGUUGCGAUAAUAAUCAACCUUGAAGAUGCUCACAAUAAGAAAACCAUGAAAACUUUACCUAUAAGGAAAAAGGGGAGAAGUAUUACAAGUAAAGCAGAAAACAGAAUCAAAGAUUUGAUUCCAAAUUCUUUUUUCCUCUAUUUUAGUGUUUAGUUUCUGUAUGUAAUGCUUUCAGAUUGUGUCCAUGAACAAGGCUUAGGUUAAUACUCUUACAUUUGUCAUGGUGAAUAGUAUUAAACUAAUUGAUUAAUCCUUCUUUAAAUGAAAGGAAGUCAGAAGAAACAAAUUUGGUUGAAGUACAUGCACUUCUGGUAAGAAGAAUUCAUGAACUGAAGGCCUUCACUCCAGUUUUUCCCCUAAACACUCGUAUCCCAAGAGUUGCAUUGUAUUGCAUUAAAGAAGAAAAUAGCAUUACAUGCCUUACUUUGCUCUUUGGGCAAUUGCCAUCAUAACAUGAAAAUCCAAGACUUUGUCUCUUCAUGGGUUAUCAAUACUCCUCUUACUCAUUGUUGAUAUGUAGAGCCCAUCAGGGCACAGGAAGAGCUGCCUGCUCCCCACAGGGAGCUAGAGGCAGAGCAUGGUAACAAGGCCAAUGGCCUCACUUGCCAAUACCUCAUCCCAGAGUCCCCAGGUGAGGCAAGUGGGACAGGCCAAGGAGGGCAGCCACAGUCAAUUGAGAGUCCAGAUCAUCAGCAAGCUCAUGGUGACAAAGCAGGUCUAAUGUAAAGCCAGGAAGUCAAUCUGCAGAUCAGGUCUAGUGAGAGUAAGCAGGCUCAGUCCAGCAAUGGCCAGGGUGCUCCACAGUGACAAGGCAGGACUGGGAUCAAGCCAUGCUGCAGAGACACACCAGGGACCAGCACUCCUAUAGCACAGCUUAAGCAGGGCUUAGAGGCCCAGGCCUGAGCUUAAAUAGAGCUCCUGGACCUAUGGGCAGAGGUGUAGGGUGGAGGCCCCAGGUGAGGCUUCUCAGGGCCAUUAAAGCUUAUUAGUGCCCCCAGGGCCCUGACAGAUUCUCAGCAUCAAUGGAAACGGCAAAGCACAAACACAGGAUAAUGCCAGUUCAAUAAUGCCUAUAAGCCUCAGUUGCCAUUUUAUGCAGACACAGGCCUUCUACUGGGCAACUUUGUAUAAAAGGAGGAUUCUCAAAGAAAAACUAUGUUAUUUUUGCUUUCUAAGAUUUCAACAUUACUGCUUUUUGACUGAAAUUUGCGUUCCAUAUAAAUUUAGUAUUACAUCUGAAAAAGAAUAAAAUAGCUUUCAAAUGGGCAUAAACAUGCAGGAAGAGAAUAGCAGCACCUGUCAUUACGCAUUUUGUACAGAGUUCUUGUCCAUACACAGUGAAACUCAGCUCAAAGUACUUACUGGAUCGUAGGUGAAUAAUCCUGCUGAUACGAUUACUGACAUGGCCAAGAGAUUUCAGCUUUGGGUCCCCACUGCUUUAGCACCUGCAUUUUACACUUGUAUCUUCUGUAGCAUGUAAAUUGUAUUUCUUUAAAAAAUACAUGAGAAUUAGAAAAUAUUGCAAGUGUGUUCAUUUUCUAGAUUCAAGAAAAAAAUGGCUCUUAGAAGUAAACUCUAUGUUUGCAAAAAAUUGAGCUGUUUUUCUCUGGCUGUGUUCAAACUGUAUUUGUUAAAGGCAAUUGUGUAAAAACAUCUGAUGCUCCACUGUUGUCAAAAUGACAACAAACCACACAUACAA